AUGGCUACGUUCAACUCAAUGCCGGCCAUGUCAGCCGCUGCGCCAAACGAGGCAAUGGGCUUGAAUCACCCUGCACCAGGCCAUCCCAUGACAAUGGGACAUUUUGAUCAGGACUUUGGUUUUGACGAGGCUGUCCUGGAACCCGCGCCGUUACCAAAUAUCCCCUUCACCCCGGCGUAUGAUUUCGACCAUCUUGUCUCAGCUUUCGAAGAUCCAUUCGCUUAUUCCCAUCGAGCGUUUGAGCCCGCUCCCAAUGCCGAUGCCUUCAAUGAGGCAUCAUCGCCGCAGGAGCUAGACAAUAAAUUACUGGGCUUUUCGGACCCAAUAAUGAGUGCCACGGUUGUCGACGAAAACGGCAAAUUUGCCGACGUGAAUAUGAGCGCCGAGCUGUACGGCAUGUUCUUCGUUGCCGAGGACGUGUUUGGUAGGGACAAUUCAGGACGUCCUCUGGAGCUGACUUGCUAUCGCCGCAAUCUGUGGCAAUGUUCCGGGCAGAUAACGCUGCCGAAAAAUCUCUCGCAUCUCAUGGACGAGCAAGGCCGUCAAUUCUCAAUUGAUGAACUCUCAGCAUCAAUCACAGCAGUCGAAUCAAUCGAAGGAAAAUCAACAGAAAUCAUUUCUAUUCCUUGGAAAAGCUCAAACCUUCAGGCGCCUGAGGAGCCCAAGAUCGCGGCCGCUCCACCUCAGAUCCCUCUGGAUUUAAGCACGGCUCAGGAGGUUGACGCGGUCCGAGUUACGCUGCCAGUCUCUUGGAAGCGUUUACAGUUCAAGCACGCAACGGCCAACAAUGGCCGGCGGAAGGGGCUCCAGCAGCAUUACGUAGUCCAAAUCAAUCUUGUGGCUAAAUCCAAGUCCAGCGACAUGAUGAAGAUCGCCGAGAUUCAGUCGGGCCCUGUUAUCGUUCGAGGACGUAGUCCGCGCAACUUUGACAGCAGAAAAGACGUGCCUCUUACUGGGGAAAAAAGAACGGAGAGGAAAAACACAGCGAGUUCUGAUGACGCGGCUUUAAAAGUAGAGCGGGAAAGUACGCAGGUCUCAAUGCAGAGGUUCCAGUGCCUGGGUAGUGUAGCGACCCCAGUCGAGUGGGCAGCAAACCAUCAGCCUGUGCCUCAUCCGAGCAACCAAAGCCCUCAUCCGACAAAGAAAAUGGCAGUGUCGCCCACUGCUGCUCGACCGCCCGUGCCCUCUUGGUCUGCAGAUGGAAAGACCGUGGCAGCCGGUCAUGCGCCUAGAGGCUCGAUGAGUAGGCAAAACACUGCCGUGCCUAUCAAUCUCUCGCUUUCGGAGGAUGAAAAGAGCCCCAACCGGUCGAGUGCAGAGCUGCAAAGUCCUCAGAUGGGCAAGGCUCACACCGUUUCAGGGCAGAACGCCGGGAACAGCCCAGCCGAUGACCCGGAUCCCCUUUAUGAAUAUUUCCCUCUUACAUUGGAUGACUGGAUGCCGCCGAUCGAUGCGGUCUACCGGCCGCAUGUAGUUCAUCACACAAUCGUACCCCCCGAGAUCAAGGCUCAACAGUCACAGACUAAGGCAAAACGGUAUUUUGCGGCCGAAUAG